UGAAAAAUUCCGUUGGGCUGGCUGUGUAAACAAUAAAUGUUCUUUGACGCGCCCGCCAGAAUGAAGCCUGAAGUCAAGAGAGUGAAAGAAUAAUGAGCAAAGACGACAAAGAACUAGAUAAAGAAGCAGAACGUGCUUUCAGAAAUUUGACAACCUCUCGAAUAGAUCAAAAUGGUUUUGAUCAAGAAUUCGAUGUAUCGUUCGAUCACGAUACCUUACCGACAAGCACCGAUCGAACGAACAAUCAAAACAAGUCAGCCAGCCAUCCAUCUAGCGCAGAAUCUUUAUCAAAUUCAAGUUCAUAUGAAAUUUCUUCAUCACAAGUUAGCGAAGGCAAGCAARCGGAGAAGAUUUACAAUGAAAGAGAKCCACAAAAGCACCAUGGKAGGUCUUACAAGACUAAGAAAUCCAGUAUUCCACCAGGAAUAAGGAAGCUCCCUUCCCCUCCCACAACCCUUGAACAGGCACAAAUGGAGUGGGAUAUGGUUGAAACUGUGCAGCCUGGUCUGGAUCCUGCUACAGAUUUGCGUGGUUGUGGUCUUUUGGGUCUCCUCAACCUACUCUACCUUGUAACAGAUGAUCGGAUGCACUCUCUCGCACUAGACAUUUACAAACUAUCCCAGCACGAGACACAGAAUUUUCCAUUUUGUGUCAUGUCGAUAAACGUAACUCGCAUUGCUCUUCAUACGUUAAGGGAAGGAAAUCUUAAUAAGGAAUGCAAUGGCCGUAAGUCAGUCAUCAAUGUUUUCUGUGAGUUUUAUGUUUCAAUAUUUCAUUACAUUUAUCAAGUAUGGAAACACGAACACAAAACUAUUAGUGACUCUGGCUUUGUCAUCAAAGAAAGUGAAAAGUUUGCCUUAAAAAAGACAAACAUAGCUCUGAAACAGCUUGAAAAAGCGCUUGUSGAGAGAAAGAAUUUGGUGAUACCAGAGGAAGAGAACAUUUCACCUAAAAAUAAAGACAUUGCAGUAAUGGACAAGUUUUCUGGAGUAUGCGAUUUACCUUCCCAUGAAGAAGAAGAAGUCCACUUGGUUUAGACAGCAACAGUACAUGUAUAUUUAUAUUGUCAAAUUUGGAAAUAGUUCUGAGGUUUACCUUAAGAUUAUCAUUUUGUCUUUUCAGUCAAUUUAUAAACCGCCUCAGCCAACUCUGAGGGAGGGCGGGGAAUGAACGCAUUUUCGCCGAAGAUUUUAAAUCGGUAAGGUAAGGCGGGGGACCAGCUUACGCGCCGUUUUAGCCUCUAAGGGCCGGGACAUGCGGGGAUUUUAAUUGUUAAAAUGUUAAUUCCUUCUAUAUUCCCCCAGGGCUGGACUGAUGCAUUAGAUUGACCUGCAUUCAGACCUAUUGUCGCCAUUGCAAACUUACAAAAAUCCAAAUCUUAGAUCUGAAGAACACACCGCAAACUGCAAAAUAAGAAUCUUCAGUAAAUUUAAGAGAAGUCCGAUAGAAUUUCAUCUAAAAUAUUGUAAACAUGAAUUGCGUUAUUCGAUACUACUCAGGAACCUCCUCCCCCGACACUUUUAAAAAAGACAAAGAAAACGUUCCGCUCCAGUGACCUUCCUUUGAUUUUUUUUUAAUUCCCUUUUUGCUAAAGUUAUUCACAGGAUAUUUUAGCCUGUGUGCAACUUAAGACCAAGUCUUAAACUGUGUGUAACAUAGCAACAAUUUUGAUUCAGCUGCAAUCAGGCUAAUGAUAUUUUUACUAUGUAUUUGUAGCAGAUGAAUCAGGACUAUUAUAAGCUAUUAUAUACUUCACUGAAAGUAUUAUUUAUCAGUAGAAAAUAACUGUAAUGUUUAUAUGUAUAAGUACUGUAUACAGCUAUUUCAUAACACGUUUUUAAAGUGUAUUAGAAUACUAAAGAUAGUGUAUUCCAAGACCGAAAUGCAUUUUGGUCGUUCUAUCGCCGUUCAAAAGGAUUUUGUGAGUAUUCCAGCUCCCAAACUUCAGUGGAAAGCAAUAAAGUUUAGAACUGUCAUUUUGUGAGGCAGCUAACAUAAAGUUUAAGAGCAACAAUGCAUUGCGGUCUUGGAAUGCACUGUACAGAAUACAGUAUACAGCAUUAAACGUUUUCUGAAUUUGCUGUAUACAGCUAAGUCGUCACAGCGAAGAGCGAAUGAAAGGCCAGUUUUGCUGUGGGUAUAUUCACUCAUGAAAGGCCUACGGAAGCCCAAAAGGGCCAACGGCAAUUAUKAAAAAACGUAUCGUACAUUUGAGACGUGAUCGCAAACUUAAUCCGUUGGUGACAUACUAAAUGUCUUCAUGGCAAACGUAAUCUUGAUUAAUAACUUAUUAAACUUUGUGAGGGCAAACUUCA